GCUUCAUGACUCGAUCUCCAGAGUCUGAUCAUCAACUGCUUUCAACGUCCUCCUGAUAAUGGACGCACCGCCGUCUGAGAACUCUCCGGCAACAGCACCACCGUCAUGGCAAGCCCCUCAUUCAUCCGCGGCGACUGGCUCCACCAAGAUGAUUACCCUUGUCUUUACUCUUCUCUCUCUGCUUUUCUCCUUCCUUUCCAUGGUGGUCAUGGCUUCAAAUAAGACCGAGGGCGACAAUUUCACAGUUUUGGAGGAGUACAGCUACCUUAUUGCUGUCGCCACCAUCGCCUGCUUCUACUCGCUGGUGCAGUUCGCCCUCCUUCUUCUCCAGCUAUUCUCGACGAGUACUAAUCCAAUACUGCCACAACGAUCGGUCAUCGCCUUCGUUCUUUUCGGAAGUCAGGUACUGGCAUACCUCCUCAUCUCUGCAUCAUCGGCUGCUAUUCCCAAUACCAAACGGUUGCAUGAUCUCUACCCCAACAUACCGUUUGUGGAAAAGGCCGUCGCUUCUAUUAGCAUGGCUUUCCUGGCCUUUGUCACCUUCGCCGCCGCUGCUUUAUUCUCUGCCUCCAAAUUCUUCAACCCAUCUGCCUGAUCUUCUAUGUCCUCUCUUUGGAUAAUCCUGCUGCGUAAUCAUGUUGGCUACUGUACUAGGCAAGGAAGCUCUGAAAGGCAGUGAGUUCAAAGUAGCUUGACUAGAUGUACAUGGUGUAGAUCAUUUUAGCCAUUUUACAAGCACUUGAUAUGUCGACGUGACAUUUAGAUUUUGUUUGUGAAUUGCUAGUGUUUGUAAUCUGUUUUAUAUUGUUAGUUAGUUCUAUUUGCCCUUAAUUUAUUUUGUGUCA